CGCAAUUGUUCCUCUCCAAGAUCAAGAUGACAGCAAUGGAGAACAUGGGUAGUUUCAUUCGCCGAAUUGUUGGACUCCCUCUGAACAUAUUAGAUGGGAUAUCAAGAGCAUUAGGUCAUGGCAUUCCAAGAAGAAACGCUCGGCCUCCGCAGCUCCAGCAGCCUCAAGAUGAAAUCCCUAUUGUCACAGAGGAAUGGCUCUUCUUAAACCUCUUUGAACAACAGUAUGGAAGUGUUCAUCCAUUCUUUUAUGCAACUCGGUUAAUGGAAGCUCUGAAGAUGGCAAAAGACGAGUCGAAGUUUGUUUUCAUUUACCUUCAUGCGCCGGAAGAGACUGGCACUGAUCCAUUCUGCUGCAACACUCUCCGAUCGCAGCUGGUCAUAGAGUUUCUGGAUGCAAACUUUGUGUCUUGGGGUGCAGUUGCAAACAGAGGCGAAGGUUUUGAGAUGGCCUUCGCAUUAAGAGCAUCCAGCUUUCCCUUCUGCGCUGUCAUUGCUCCCGCCUCCUGUAAAACGAUUGCUGUUCUGCAACAGAUAGAAGGACCGGUAUCACCUGAAGAACUGCUGGAGAUCCUGCAGAGAACCAUGGAAGAACAAGGUUCAGCUUUCAGGGCCUUAAGAGAAGCAGAAGACGAAACUUUGAGAAGAGACCGCCAACUCCGAGAAGAACAGGAUGCAGCUUACCUUGAAUCCCUUAAGAAGGACAAGGAGAAAGAUAGAGCUUGGGAACCUAAAAGGAAAGCACCCGCUUUGAAGAAAUCAAGUGUCAAACAAAAAGAAGUCACCAAGGACACUCAAAGUACUGCAGUUUCAAGGAAGACGCACACCAAAAUACUAGUGCGAUUCCCAAAUGGGGAAAGGAGAGAGCAGAGCUUCCCUAAAACAGACAAAAUACAUUCUAUAUACAAGUACAUAGACUCGCUAGACAUACCUGGUAUUGGUGGUUAUCAACUGAUAUCUAGCUUCCCCAGAAAAGUUUACGGCCAUGAACAACUGGAAAUGACUCUUGAAGAAGCAGGUCUUCAUCCAAAUACUGCUUUGUUCCUGGAGCUCAUAUGAAAGCCAUCACCACCACACAAAAUGAUCAUCAGCAAAAUAUAACACUGUUAAAGUAUAUCAGCCUUUGCUUUAAAUUUAAUAAAAUAAUACACCACAUGCUUCUCCAUGGAUAUUAUCAUUUUCUCAUUUUGAAGAUAAACAGUAAGUGUUAUUGAUUAUAUAAAUUAGUAGUGUGGGGUACAAACUGAUGAUUUUUAUUUCACAAAAAGAACCAUUAAAAGAGAUCUGCCUAUAAAUUUGACGUUUUGCUUCUUGAUGUCUUUAGUCCUUGCAUAUUUUCCAUAGACAAUAAGAACAAGAAAUUUUGAAACAUACAUGGUACACUGGUCUUAAUACAACACAGUUUCAACCACCAAAGAAUAACAAACCUUCAAUUAUAAAGAAUGCAUUUCUUGGUGAGAAAAUAUAAAGUACUGCUUUAAACAAAUGCACAGAAAGCCAGCGAUUAAUCUAAACUUAUCUAUAAGGCAGAAAUCUACAUCCAUUCAUGUAGGAAUUCAUUAUUCAAAUUCUCGAAGCCAAACAGAAAUUCAGAGUCAUUUUUCUCUUUUGUAAAUUUCCUCAGAUCUGAUCUCAAAACUUGUGAUAGUAGACUUAAUCAAGAACAGAGUCUUCUCAUUAGCAGUUAAUAAAAUAAAAAAAAAACAAAACAAAUUA